GGUCCAGAACAUUUGACUAUCAGGUGGUUAAUUAUGCCGUUGCCCGGCCAAUGGUGCCUGAACGGGAAGUGUGUUGACCUUUUUUUUUGCACAAGGCACUGAAUCCAGCAUUCCUGCAGUCAAUUUAAGUCUAAACCACCCCUCCUCGUGACUUCACUCCGGUUGCUCCUGCAAGCACACAAGCCUCGGCACUUGGCGCUUAGCACGAUAGCCAACCCACGACUUCUUGCUGUUGGACCUGCUUGCUUCUUUGCAUCCCACCCGCGCACUGCCAUCGCGUUGCGCACGAGAUCGAGCCUAGACUCAGAACGAGACCAGGAAAGGCGACCACAAUGUCCUCCAACGUCCUCGCGGCCAGAGACGUGAACACGUCGAUGCCGGCCCAGCAGCCCUCAGCUGGCACCGAGACCAAGGCGGAUGCCAAGCCCGACGUUAUGAGCAUGGAGUACCACCGCCAGGUCUUCCAGUCUAAGAUGCAGCAGGGCGAGAACAAGACGUACAUCUCCCCCUCGGACAACAUCAUGAGCCCCUGCACCGCCAAGCUGAGCGCCUUCCGCAACAAGCAGGUCGGCAAGGUCAAGCCGAAGUCGCUCUUUGCCCAGGCCUCGGCUAAGAAACUCGGGGCCGGGAGCGGUGCCAGCGGUGCGGCCGCGCUCGGGAACAAGGCUGAAAACAACCCCUUCGCCAACUGAGCGUGCUCGCCCUCCAUACCUCUGUUCGACUGGGUUACGGAUAUGAGCCUGCCUGUCUUAUGAUACCUGUGCUUUGGCGGCGGUCUGUGGUUCGGUUCUACCAUCUUGUAUUUUUGUUUCCUGCUUCCACGUAGAGCGAUGCGUGGUCUGUUGGGAGAGGGAGGGAAGGGAAGGGUUGGCUGGGCUGGGAUUGGGCGUUUGGGCAAUCACGUCUCUUUGCGUUGAUUUCUGUGUUGUGGCGAUGCCAAUAGGGGGCUCUUUGUAUUGCCAAGGGUAAAGGGUGAGGGCUGAUAACGACUGGUUAUGACGA